CGUAAUUUCUUGGGCGACGAAAGCCCAUUUUCUUUGGAUAUUGAAGACUACCGAUCACGGAUUCGGCUUGAGGCUAUUCUCCAACGAUGAUUGAGUCCAUUAAGCACUGAUUUGGGCGGAUUUAUUCCGGGUCAAUUUUGGGCAUAAUCCAAAGGGGUACCAUCACAGCUUUCGGUCGAUUUAUCCGAAAUGCCAUUUUCUUUCGUUUCUGGAGGCUACAGAUCACGGAAACAGGCCGAGGCUAUUCUCCACCGAUAAUGAUGUCAAUUUAUUCUAUUCUCCAUGGAUGAUAAGUCCGUUAAGCAUCGAUUUGGGCCGAUUUAUUUUCGGAUGGCAUUUUCGUAAUUUCUUAGGCGACGAAAGGCCAUUUUCUUUGGAUAUUGAAGGCUACAGAUCACGAAUUCGGACUGUGUCUAUUCUCCAAUGAUGAUUGAGUCCAUUAAGCACCGAUUUGGGCGGAUUUAUUCCGGGCCAAUUUUUGGCCGAUUCAAAGGGAUACCAUCACAGAUUUCGGCCGAUUUAUCCGAAAUGCCAUUUUCUUUUGAUUGGAGAGGCUACAGAUCGCGAAAUCAGGCCGAGGCUAUGUUCCACCGAUAAUGAAGUCUAUUGAUCCUAUUCUCUACGGAUGAUAAGUCCGUUAAGCAUGGAUUUGGCCAAUUUAUUUUCGGAUGGAAUUUUCGUAAUUUCAUGGGCGAGAACGGCCAUUUUCUUUGGAUAUUGAAGGCUACAGAUCACGGAUUCGGCCUGAGGCUAUUCUCCAACGAUGAUCAAGUCCAUUAAGCACCGAUUUGGGCGGAUUUAUUCCGGGUCAAUUUUUGGCAGAUUCCAUAGGGGUACUAUCACAGAUUUCGGCCGAUUUAUCCGAAAUGCCAUUUUCUUUCAAUUCGAGAGGCUACAGAUCACGGAAUCAGACCGAGGCUAUUCUCCACCGAUAAUGAAGUCUAUUGAUCCUAUUCUCUAUGGAUGAUAAGUCCGUUAAGCAUCGAUUUGGGCCAAUUUAUUUUCGGAUGGCAUUUUCGUAAUUUCUUGGGCGACGAAAGGCCAUUUUCUUUGGAUAUUGAAGGCUAUCGAUCACGGAUUCGGCUUGAGGCUAUUCUCCAACGAUGAUUGAGUCCAUUAAGCACUGAUUUGGGCGGAUUUAUUCCGAGUCAAUUUUUGGCAUAAUCCAAAGGGGUACCAUCACAGCUUUCGGUCGAUUUAUCCGAAAUGCCAUUUUCUUUCGUUUCUGGAGGCUACAGAUCACGGAAACAGGCCGAGGCUAUUUUCCACCGAUAAUGAAGUCAAUUUAUUCUAUUCUCCACGGAUGAUAAGUCCGUUAAGCAUCGAUUUGGGCCGAUUUAUUUUCGGAUGGCAUUUUCGUAAUUUCUUAGGCGACGAAAGGCCAUUUUCUUUGGAUAUUGAAGGCUACAGAUCACGAAUUCGGACUGUGUCUAUUCUCCAAUGAUGAUUGAGACCAUUAAGCACCGAUUUGGGCGGAUUUAUUCCGGGCCAAUUUUUGGCCGAUUCCAAGGGGUACCAUCACAGAUUUCGGCCGAUUUAUCCGAAAUGCCAUUUUCUUUUGAUUGGAGAGGCUACAGAUCGCGAAAUCAGGCCGAGGCUAUGUUCCACCGAUAAUGAAGUCUAUUGAUCCUAUUCUCUACGGAUGAUAAGUCCGUUAAGCAUGGAUUUGGCCAAUUUAUUUUCGGAUGGAAUUUUCGUAAUUUCAUGGGCGAGAAAGGCCAUUUUCUUUGGAUAUUGAAGGCUACAGAUCACGGAUUCGGCCUGAGGCUAUUCUCCAACGAUGAUCAAGUCCAUUAAGCACCGAUUUGGGCGGAUUUAUUCCGGGUCAAUUUUUGGCAGAUUCCAUAGGGGUACCAUCACAGAUUUCGGCCGAUUUAUCCGAAAUGCCAUUUUCUUUCGAUUCGAGAGACUACAGAUCACGGAAUCAGACCGAGGCUAUUCUCCACCGAUAAUGAAGUCUAUUGAUCCUAUUCUCUACGGAUGAUAAGUCCGUUAAGCAUCGAUUUGAGCCAAUUUAUUUUCGGAUGGCAUUUUCGUAAUUUCUUGUGCGACGAAAGGCCAUUUUCUUUGGAUAUUGAAGGCUACCGAUCACGGAUUCGGCUUGAGGCUAUUCUCCAACGAUGAUUGAGUCCAUUAAGCACUGAUUUGGGCGGAUUUAUUUCGGGUCAAUUUUUGGCAUAAUCCAAAGGGCUACCAUCACAGCUUUCGGGCGAUUUAUCCGAAUUGCCAUUUUCUUUCGUUUCUGGAGGCUACAGAUCACGGAAACAGGCCGAGGCUAUUCUCCACCGAUAAUGAAGUCAAUUUAUUCUAUUCUCCACGGAUGAUAAGUCCGUUAAGCAUCGAUUUGGGCCGAUUUAUUUUCGGAUGGCAUUUUCGUAAUUUCUUAAGCGACGAAAGGCCAUUUUCUUUGGAUAUUGAAGGCAACAGAUCACGGAUUCGGACUGUGUCUAUUCUCCAAUGAUGAUUGAGUCCAAUUAAGCACCGAUUUGGGCGGAUUUAUUCCGGGCCAAUUUUUGGCCGAUUCCAAGGGGUACCAUCACAGAUUUCGGCCGAUUUAUUCGAAAUGCCAUUUUCUUUUGAUUGGAGAGGCUACAGAUCACGAAAUCAGGCCGAGGCUAUGCUCCACCGAUAAUGAAGUCUAUUGAUCCUAUUCUCCACGGAUGAUAAGUCCGUUAAGCAUCGAUUUGGGCCAAUUUAUUUUCGGAUGGCAUUUUCGUAAUUUCUUGGGCGACGAAAGUCCAUUUUCUUUGGAUAUAGAAGGCUACCGAUCACGGAUUCGGCUUGAGGCUAUUCUCCAACGAUGAUUUAGUCCAUUAAGCACUGAUUUGGGCGGAUUUAUUCCGGGUCAAUUUUUGGCAUAAUCCAAAGGGGUACCAUUACAGCUUUCGGUCGAUUUAUCCGAAAUGCCAUUUUCUUUCGUUUCUGGAGGCUACCGAUCACGGAAACAGGCCGAGGCUAUUCUCCACCGAUAAUGAAGUCAAUUUAUUGUAUUCUCCACGGAUGAUAAGUCCGUUAAGCAUCUAUUUGGGCCGAUUUAUUUUCGGAUGGCAUUUUCGUAAUUUCUUAGGCGACGAAAGGCCAUUUUCUUUGGAUAUUGAAGGCUACAGAUCACGAAUUCGGACUGUGUCUAUUCUCCAAUGAUGAUUGAGUCCGUUAAGCAUCGAGUUGGGCCAAUUUAUUUUCGGAUGGCAUAUUCGUAAUUUCUUGGGAGUCGAAAGGCCAUUUUCUUUGGAUAUUAAAGGCUACAGAUCACGGAUUCGGCCUGAGGCUAUUCUCCAACGAUGAUUGAGUACAUUAAGCACCGAUUUUGGCGGAUUUAUUCCGGGCCAAUUUUUGGCCGAUUCCAACGGGUACCAUCACAGAUUUCGGCCGAUUUAUCCGAAAUGCCAUUUUCUUUUGAUUGGGGAGGCUACAGAUCACGAAAUCAGGCCGAGGCUAUGCUCCACCGAUAAUGAAGUCUAUUGAUCCUAUUCUCUACGUAUGAUAUGUCCGUUAAGCAUGGAUUUGGCCAAUUUAUUUUCGGAUGGAAUUUUCGUAAUUUCAUGGGCGACGAAAGGCCAUUUUCUUUGGAUAUUGAAGGCUACAGAUCACGGAUUCGGCCUAUGGCUAUUCUCCAACGAUGAUCAAGUCCAUUAAGCACCGAUUUGGGCGGAUUUAUUCCGGGUCAAUUUUUGGCAGAUUCCAAAGGGGUACCAUCACAGAUUUUGGCCGAUUUAUCCGAAAUGCCAUUUUCUUUCGAUUCCAGAGGCUACAGAUCACGGAAUCAGACCGAGGCUAUUCUCCACCGAUAAUGAAGUCUAUUGAUUCUA